AUGGCAAGAACGGAUAAUGUUCAAUUACCUUUGGAAAAUACAAGUAUUGAAUUUGAAGAAGAGAUUAUUGAUUCCCAAAAUGACAUAUCACAACAAAAAAAUUAUCAAGAUUUUUUAAAAAAUAUUCCAACUGAUUUAAAUGAAAGAAAAGAGUAUAUUUCAUCUUUGAAGAAAUUAAUCAAACUUGAAAAAAGAAAUCAUCAACAAAUUCAGGGUGAGCAACCAAAUCAACAAGAAGGUCUCAAUAGUGAUCGUCCACCACCAAACCAUCAUGGUGACCAUCACCAUUCUCUACCUCCUCCAAAUCAUCAUGGUGACCAUCAUCACCAUUCUCAACCCCCACCAAAUCAUCAUGGUGAUCAUCAUCACCAUUCUCCACCUCCACCACACCAUCAUGGUGGUCAUCACCAUUGUCCACCACCACAUCAUGGUGGCCAUCACCAUUGUCCACCCCCUCCACCACACCAUCAUGGAGGCCAUCAUCACCAUUGUCCACCCCCACCACACCAUCAUGGAGGUCAUCAUCACCAUUGUCCACCACCUCCACCACCACACCAUCAUAGUCAUCAUCACCAUUGUCCACCACCUCCACCACCACAUCAUCAUGGAGGCCAUCAUCACCAUACUCCACCACAUCCUCCACCACAUCACCAUGGAGGCCAUCACCACCAUUGUCCACCAUCGCCACACCAUCAUGGAGGCCAUCAUCACCAUAGUCCACCACCUCCACCACCACAUCACCAUGGGGGCCAUCAUCACCAUUGUCCACCUCCACCACAUGAUGGCAAUGAAUAUCUACCACAAUCUCAAACUAAUAUUGAACAAUGUAUCUGUCGUUUAAAUAGAAAGAAAGAAUUAUUAAUUGCAAAGAUUCAAUCUAUUGAUUCAAUAAUUUACAAUUUGGAAUGUUUAAACAAACAAAAUUACCAAAACAAUUAUUUACCAUCAAUUCAACUACAACCAACCCAACAACCACAACAACCACAACAAACAUCAAUUAAACCACAACAAAUGUGUCAACAAUUUUUUAUUCCCCAAACUCCAAAUUUCCCCCAAAUGAACAAUUCUGCACCACUAAUGUAUGUCUCUCAAAUUCCAGUCCAACAAUCAUUCAACAAUAAUUAA